AAUGGUUAGACAGACAAGCAGGCUGGACCGGAGGCAGCCCAAUUGAGAAUUGGCAAGGCGAAGAAAAUAAUCCCCAAUUCAACCUCUGAUCUCUCUCUCUCUCUCUCUCUCACAGUCGCAACCUCGUCAAUGGCGGGCGUAUCCCUCAAAUGUGGGGACUGCGGAACCCUACUUCGAUCGGUGGAGGAAGCUCAGGAGCACGCCGAGCUCACCAAGCAUUCCAACUUCUCCGAGUCCACCGAAGCCGUUCUCAACCUCGUCUGCACCUCCUGCGGCAAACCCUGCCGCUCCAAAACCGAGAGUGAUUUGCACAAGAAGAGGACUGGACACACUGAGUUCGUGGACAAGACUUCGGAGGCCGCCAAGCCGAUUAGUUUGGAGGUUCAGAAGGCGGAUGUCGAGAUGGAGGAUGCUGGCGGUGCCACUGCCCACCCUGAAGAAAUGGUUGUUCCAGAAGUUGACCAGACAUUGCUUGAAGAACUUGAAGGAAUGGGAUUUCAAAAGGCAAGGGCGACCAGGGCACUUCAUUACUCUGGUAAUGUUAGUGUUGAGGCUGCUGUUAAUUGGGUAGUUGAACAUGAAAAUGAUGCAGAUAUAGAUGAGAUGCCGCAGGUUGCUGUCAAUACCAAAACUGAGCCUCCUAAGCCUUCUCUAACUCCUGAAGAAGUAAAGAUGAAAGCGCAAGAACUAAGGGAGCGAGCUCGCAAAAAGAAAGAAGAGGAAGAGAAGCGAAUUGAAAGGGAGAGAGAGAAGGAGAGGAUUCGUGUAGGUAAGGAACUUCUUGAAGCAAAGCGAAUUGAAGAAGAGAAUGAAAGAAAACGAUUGUUGGCCUUGCGGAAAGCUGAAAAAGAGGAAGAGAGAAGAGCCAGGGAAAAGAUUCGACAAAAGUUGGAAGAAGAUAAGGCAGAAAGGAGGAGGAAGCUUGGAUUGCCACCAGAAGACCCCACAGCUGCCAAACCUUCUACUCCUGUUGUGGAGGAGAAGAAGAGUGCUUUGCCAGUCAGGCCUGCUACAAAGGCAGAGCAAAUGAGAGAGUGUCUUCGAUCUCUCAAGCAGGACCACAAGGAUGAUGAGGCCAAGGUGAAGACUGCAUUUAAUACUCUUCUAACUUAUGUGAAGAAUGUUGCAACAAAUCCCAAUGAGGAGAAAUUCCGAAAAAUUAGACUCAAUAAUGCCACCUUCCAGGCUAGAGUUGGUUCGCUAAAAGGUGGCAUCGAGUUUCUCGAGCUGUGUGGGUUUGAGAAAAUGGAGGGAGGCGAGUUCUUGUUUCUACCCAGGGACAGAGUUGAUAGGGCAGUGCUGAACUCAGCUGGCACCGAGUUGAAUAAUGCAAUAAACAAUCCCUUCUUUGGUGUUCUGUGAUCUCUGCUUGGCGUUAAAGAAUGCAUAGAGUGGAAAUUGGACAGUAUCUUCGCCUUUUGGUUUGACUUGCUGGGAGCUAGCUAGAUAUGGCUUUGGCCUUUUUCCCCUGCUGCUCAUACAUCAUACCCUUUCUUCCCUUGCCUUUCACUCUCGAGAUCUUCCCCCAGACUUUAUGCCACUUGUUAAUUGUUAUAUUAUAUUCAGAAUCUUCUCUUGGUUUUUGCAACAA